CUUUAUGAUGUAUGAUUAAUUGUUCCCUUAAUUGUAUCCCUGCAUAAUUGUAUCUUGCAAAUUGUAAAUUGUAAUGCAAAUCGUUUUGUGUUUUAGUUGCAUAACAUUAUGGAGAAUUUUUAAAAUCCGUGUGUUUGUGGUAUAUGUGUUUAGCCACUAUUUGAGUAUGCUGACGCUAAAAGGUAGAUUUGUUAGCAUUAGCAAUGUAGCUCCCAUUUAAUUAAUUGCGUGCUAAUGCCAAUAAAAUAAUUAUUUCUUCCACAGACAACUCAUUCAUGGUUGCAGUAUUAAAUUAUUAUUGUUUUAGUUUGUGUCUUUUUCCAUCACAUUUGUGUACCCAUUUUGAUGUUUGAUGUGAACACUAACUGAAGCUCUUGACCUGCAGCUGCAUGAUUUUAUGCAUUGCGCUGCUGCCACAUAAUUGGCUGAUUGGAUAAUUGCAUGAAUGAGCAGGUAUACGGGUGAUCCUAUUACCGGAAGUAAGCGAGACUUCCUUGCACUUGCUUGUAAAUGUAGUAAAGUAACAAAAGUACUGUGAGUUAUUGCUGUGAAUUGUUGUGAUGAUUACUGUUAUUAGGGGCCAAGCACGUAGUGCUUGUAAUCCUUUUUUUUUUUUUUUUUUGUUUAGAUUCUUCUUCUUCUUCUUCUUCCUCCUUCACCAAAACUGUUCAUGCAACCAUAGGUACUACAGACAUGAAACUUUGCCAGUAUGUAGUACUUCCUCCUGUUACUCAGGCAAGAGAGCUGUCAUGACAGGAGUGGGAGCUGAUGAUGACAUCCCACUUGGUGAGAGGAAAACUGUGACGGACUUCUGCUAUUUGCUCGACAAGUCCAAGCAGCUCUUCAAUGGCCUGAGAGAUCUUCCUCAGUAUGGACACAAGCAGUGGCAGUCCUAUUUUGGCCGUACCUUCGACGUCUACACCAAACUUUGGAAGUUUCAGCAACAGCACAGACAGGUGCUGGACAAUCGAUAUGGCCUCAAGAGGUGGCAGAUCGGCGAGGUGGCCUCCAAAAUCGGCCAGCUCUACUACCACUACUACCUCCGUACCUCAGAAACAAGCUACUUAAAUGAAGCAUUUUCCUUCUACUCAGCCAUCCGCCAGCGCUCAUAUUACUACCAAGUCAACAAGGAGGACAGGCCUGAGUUGGUGGUGAAGAAGUUGAGGUACUAUGCCCGUUUCAUUGUGGUGUGUUUGUUGCUCAACAAGAUGGAUCUGGUGAAAGUUUUGGUCAAGGAGCUUUCUGAAGAGAUUGAAGACUACACACAACGCUUCAACACGGAGGACCAGUUAGAGUGGAACCUGGUGCUGCAGGAGGUCGCUGCUUUUGUGGAGGCAGAUCCAGUUAUGAUCCUGAAUGACGACAAUGCAGUGGUGGUUAAGUCAAAUCGAAUGCAGGAAGGGGGUGUGCCCCAGCUUGAGCCAGGGAUGGUGGUUGGUCAGCUGACAUUGGCCGACGCCCUCAUUGUUGGCAAUUGCAACAGUCAGGUGAAGUUCAGCGAGUUGACCAUCGACAUGUUUCGCAUGCUCCAGGCCCUCGAGCGAGAACCAGUGAAUCUUGCCACCCAAACCACCAAACCAGGGACACUUGUAAGAGAAGACUCUUGCACUCUCCCCAUCUCUCUCACCGAGCCCAGUGAAAAGCCAGCCAAGCGGGAGAACCCUCACAAAUACCUUCUAUACAAACCCACCUUCAGCCAACUUUACACCUUCCUUUCGGCCUCCUUCAAGGAGCUACCUGCCAAUAGUGUUCUCCUGGUAUAUCUGUCAGCUACUGGGGUCUUUCCCACUGGACGUGUUGAAUAUGAAGGACCCUAUGACUUUGGAGGAGUUCUAACUAACACUAAUCGUGAUGUAGUAAACGGCGAGGCGGUUCAGAAGAGAAACCAGGCCCAGAAAGAGAUGCACUGCCUUCACCCUGGAGACUUGUACCCCUUUACCAGGAAGCCCUUGUUUAUUAUUGUGGACUCAUCCAACAGCACGGCCUACAAGAAUUUCUGUAAUCUGUUUGGCCAGCCUUUGGUGUGCCUACUUUCCCCUACUGUGUAUCCAAAGAGCAUGCAAGACCAGUCUCAGCGUGGGAGUGUCUUCACUCUUUUUCUCUACAGUCCCCUAAUGGGCUUUCUGUCUGUCUGUGGGCUGACCAGUAUGCGCCAGGGUUUAUGGGAAAAGGCCCAGGAGUUUUUGCGCAAAGUUUCUCAUGACAUUGGCCAGAUGCUCACCAGCUCUCGAGCCAUUGAUCAGGCUUUUUUGCAGUUCUAUGGUGAUGAGUUUUUGAGGCUGCUGAUGAUCAGGUUCGUGUUCUGCUGUGCCACUCUCCGACUACACAAGCUCUUCCGGGAAGCACAGAGUUUUCCAGAAUCGUACCCCCAGCUGCCCAAACAGGAGAUGGUGGAGAGCAACCUACUGCAGAAACACGUAAUGGAGCUGGCAGCCAUGCUGGACGUGCAAAAUCUCUUUGUUGAUGGCAUGCUGGAUAACUACUGACUUCAUUGUGGCACAAUAGCACUGUGCCGACAUACAUGCUUAUAUGGGCACACACACACAUCUGGUUUGUAGGUCCUCCCAAAUGAAGUUGCUGGUAUUUUGUUUAACUUAACCUCUGUAUAUUUAGAUCUAGAUAGUUUUUAACAAUUUAAGAAGUGUCUCAUCUUUGUGGUCAGAUAGUUAAAAAAAAUUUUCCACAUAUAUUGGAAAGAGUUACACAACUACAUGUCAAAAAGCUCCCAUAGUACAAGAUUGUAUAUUGUUUUAUACCUGCAUGUGUUAUUCUGCAGCUGCAGAGACAUAAAAUCUGAUAAAGGCAGCUGUUGGUUUUAGAAAGGGAGACCGUAGGAAGUGAAAUACAGAGCACUUAAGCUCAAUCAAGAAAGACUGAAUAACUUCACAGUAAUACUGACUGGUAGUUUGCUUCUCAGAUUCUUCCACAGAAAACUACAGCAAGGGCUGGGAGACAUGACUAAAAUAUCAAACUGCAAUACUCAAAGAUAUUUUCACAAUACAUGAUAUUUAUCACAAUGUUUAGAUUUGCUAACAAAACUGCCAGUGAACAUUUUAAAAACUGCUUCAAUUUUUUUUUUAAUCUACAAAGCAUUAUUUAACAAAGAAAACGAAGAAAAUUUAAAGAUAAAAAAAACCUUAACUUGUUAUUGUAACACUGGAGUCAGUCAGAGUUACUAAAGUACUGAGGAUACCUGCAAUAUCUCAGUAAAUCCCAUUGUGAUGUAGUUUAUUGCAGUAUGUUAUACUGCACAGCCAUGAUUUCCUGUUUUGUCAUUGUUCAAGUUAUUCUUCUGAAACUUUCAUGUGUUCUGUCAAUAGCGCAGACCACACAUGCAGUUUUAGAUAUCUUGACUUGCUUAUUGGGAUGUUUUGCUUACAAUCUACCUGCAUUAUUUGUGUCAUGUGUACUGUGAAUUCAAGUCUGGCCUUCUGAAGCUGGUUUGAAACCGAAUGCCUUUUUUGGGCCAAUAGCAUUUUAACAAAUUAACAAUUAACAGUUUUGCAUGUCUUAGUAGUGUGUGGUCCGUAUAGCCUAUACUUACAAACUGAUUUCUAAACUCGUGUGUGGCGGACACCUAUAACACUCACUGUGUGUGUGCGCGUGCGCAAUCAGCCAUAACAUUAAAACCACUGACAGGUGAAGUGAAUAACAUUGAUUAUCUCCUUGUGGGGUCUUCCUGGAAUGCAGUGGUUAGUACCUACCACAAGUGGUCCAAGUCCGAUACAUGGAAGCCCCACCUUGCACCUUACAGGACUUAAAGGAUCUGCUGCUAACGUCUUGGUGCCAGAUACCACAGCACACCUUCAGAGGUCUUGUGGAGUCCAUACCUCGACAGGUCAGAGCUGUUUUGGUGGCACAAGGAGGACCUACACAAUAUUAGGCAGGUGGUUUUAAUGUUAUGGCUGAUCAGUGUGUGUGUGUAUACACACACAUAUAUGCACUCAGCAUCCACUUUAAUAGGAGCACCAGCUAUGAACACCUGGAUUUGGACAGUUUCUCCCAUUGUUCCUGACAGAUCCUCUCAAAUUCAAUCACACUGGAUAGAGAACAUCUGUGAACUGCAAUUUUCAGGUCUCUCCAACAAUGUUCUAUGGGGUUCAAGUCAGGGCUUUGGCUGGGUCAUUCAAUGACAUUCAGAGACUUGUCCCAAAAUAAGUAACCAAGUACACCUAUAUAUACACUUUCCAUCCACUUUAUUAGGAACACUUGGACACCUGCAAAUGGCAGCAGCACUAUCCAUAAAAUCAUGCAAAUCCAGGUCAAGUGCUUGAGUUAAUAUUCACAUCAAACAUCAGAAUGGGGACAAAGUGCAAUCUCUGUGACUUUAAUCGUUGCAUGGUUGUUGGUGCCAGAUGGGCUGGUUUGAGUAUUUCAGAAACUGCUGAUCUCCUGGGAUUUUCACACACAACAGAAUUUACACAGAAUGGAGCAAAAAACAGAAAACACUAAGUGAGCAGCAGUUCUGUGGGUGGAAAUGUCUUGUUGAUGAGAAAUGUCUUGUUGAAUGUCUUGUUGUACUCAUCCAAAAUGGACAGUUGAAGAUUAGAAAAAAAAAAAAUCACCUGGUCUUUUUCCCAGUCUUCAGCUGUCCAGUUUCUGUGAGUCUGUGCCCUCAGACUCUUGUUCUUUGCUGGUCUUCUGCUGUUGUAGCCAAUCCAGUUCGAGCUUUCAUGUGCAUUCUGAGAUGCUUUUCUGCUCAUCAUGGUUCUAAAGAGUGCUCUCUCAUCAACAAGGUGUUUAAGCCUGCAGACCCUCCGCACACAGGAUGUUUUCUGCUUUUCAUACGAUUCUGUGUGCCAUAGUUAAAGUCACAGAGAUCACAUUUUCCCCCCAAUCCCAGUGAAUGAUGUGAAUAUUUACUGAAGCUCUUGACCUGUAUCUUUAUGUCUGCCACAUGAUUGCCUUAUUGGAUAACUGCAGAAAUGAGCAGGUGUACAGGUGUUCCUUUUAAAGUGGACGGUGUGUGUGUGUACAGUACUUUGCAAAAGUCUUAGGCACAUGCAAAAAAAAAAAAAACUGUAGGGCAAAGAUGCCUUCAAAAAUAAUGAAAUUAAUUGUUUCUACAUUAAAAAAUACUAUAAAGAGCAGUAAACAGUAAUAAACAAAGUCAAUGUGUGGUGUAAUGACCCUCUGCUUUUUUUUUUUUAAAAAAAAGUAGUCUCAGGUACAAUUUGUGCAGUUUUAUAAGGAAAUUCAUUGUAGGUUUAACUGAGCAUCUUGCAGAAGCAGCUACAGUUCUUCUGGAAACUUUGACUAUCACACUUGCUUGUUAAAACAGCAGCCUUCAUUAUGUUUUUGUCUGAAAAGUGGUGUUUUAUGUAAUAUGCUGCUUUCUUUACUGACAUACAAACAUUUUCUGUAACAUUUAAUUUUGUGCUGGAAAACUAAUGUAUGGAAAUUUAAAAUGUUUUUGUACUGACUCAAUAAUAUAGAAGUCAUAAAAUAAAAAUCUAUAACAAAGUUUGGCCCCAGUAAUGUAGGGUGCCUAAGACUUUUGAACAGUACUACACACACCCACACCCACACAGACACACACACACAUUUUAUAUAUAUAUAUAUCUAUAAUCAAACCCAAGAUGCAAACCACUCAUCACUCAUCAAUAGUAAGAAUCGCCAGAUUGGAAUUCACAAAGAAGCAAAGAAAUACAGAGAAGUUGUGGAGCCAAGAUGCCAACAAGGCCAAAGUGUGAAGAAAGAAAAGAUCUAAUUAAGUUCUAAAACAUACAAGCUGAUCAGUCAAGCAUGGUGGAGGUAAUGUCAUGGCUUGGGCUUGCAUGGAUGCUUCUGGAACAGGCUCACUAAUCUUUCCUGAUGGUGUAACUCAUGACGGUAACAGCAGUAUGAAUUCAUAAGUCUACAGAAACAUUCUGUUUGCCAAUUUAUAGAGAAAUGCAUCCAAUCUAUUUGGAAGAAAAUUCAUCAUGCAGCAAGAUUAUGACCUGAACCAUACUGCCAACUUAUGAUGACUUAAGGACUUCAUCAGGGGAAAAAAGUGGAAGGUCAAUCACCAGACUUUGAGCAUUCAUUUCACCUCCUGAAGAGACUGAAGGGGAAAAAAAAAAAACCCAAAAAACUGAAAGAAGCUGCAGUACAAGCCUGGAAAGAAGAAUGCAACAGUUUGGUGAGGUCAGUGUGUCGCUGACUUAAUGCAGCUAUUGCAAGCAAGGGAUUUGUAACCAAAUAUUAAGUGUCAUUUACUUUAAUGUGCUUUAAGACUAUCUGUUCCUAUACUUUUGCUCACUAAAAAAUUGGGUGGUCUGCCACCAAAGGUUCCAAGUUAUUUAACACAUUUAGAUGUAAAUAUCAGGAAAUGAAAGCUGAAAUUCCGAUCAGUUGUCACCUAUUCAUCUUUUGGUCUUGCUGUUCCAAUUCUUUCUCUCUCCUAUGUAUAUAUUUGGUACAUAAAUAUAUUUGGACAUUGACAAAGUUAUUGUUGACACUGACAGUAUAUUGGAAGUGAAAUGGGCUUUCAGCUUUAUUUUAAGAGUAUUUGCAUCCAAAUCAGGUGAACGGUGUAGAAAUUACAGCAUUUAUAUGUCCAACAAACCACUAAACAAACUAUUAUAUUUUUUCCAAUUACAAAAUGUAAUUGGACAAACUAUCUUAAUCAUAAAUUAAAUUGUCAUUUUUUAAUACUUGGUUGCAAAUGCUUUGCAGUCAAUGACUGCCAGAAGUCUGGAACCCAUAUACAUCACCAGGCACUGCAUUUCUUCCCUGGUGAUGCUUUGUCAGGCCUUUACAACAACAGUCUCAGUUCCUGCUUGUUCUUGGGGUGUUUUCUGUUCAGUUUUGCCUUCAGAAAGUGAAAUGCAUGCUCAGUUGGAUUCAGGUCAGGUACAUUCCACUUUGCCUUAAAAAAAUCUUGUUUGAAGUAUUCUUUGGGUCAUUUUCCAUCUGCACUGUAAAGCAUAGUCCAAUGAGUUUUGAAGCAUUUCGAGCAUAAUAUAACCUUAAACACUUCAGAUUCAUCCUGCAGUUUUUGUCAGCAGUCACAUUAUUAAUAAAUAUAAGGGAACCAGUUCCACUGGGAGCCAUACAUGCCAACACCAUAAGAUGAGGUGGCAUUCUUUAGAUCAUUAGUGGUACCUUCCCUUCUUAAUACUCUUCUCUUCAUCAUUCUGGUACAAGUUGAUCUUUGUCUCAUCUGUCCAUAGGAUGUUGUUCCAGAACUGUACAAUCUUUUUAGAUGUUUUUGAUAAACUCUAAUCUGGUCGUCCUGUUUUUGGAGGUCACCAGUGGUUUACAUCUUGUGGUAAAAUCUCUGUAUUUACUCUGGUAAAGAUAUUUGACUUUGACACAGAUACCUCUACCUCCUGCAGGGUGUUCUUGAUCUGGCCAACUCUUGUGAAGGGAUUUUAUCAAACAUAACGCUGUAAUCCCGAAUUUGGAUGUAAAUAUCAUCAAAUUAAAGCUGAAAGUUUUAUUCAUUAUUUAAUUUUAACUCCAAUAUGCUGUGGUGGACAGCUAAAACAACAAUAAUUUUGUCAAUGUACAAAUAUGUAUGUACAAAUAUGUACCUGACUGUAUAUAAAGAAAUUUGAUGCAGAGAGGUGUAUCCGUCCAUCUGUGUGGGGAAAAAAUUAACCACUGCAUGUUGCAAAGUUUGUGCAGUGUUCAUGAAUGGAGCAGAUCUAGCAUUAGAAUCUGCCUGUCCUGCAGACAGGUAUAAACCAGUCUGUCUUGUGAUGUGAUCAUUAUUUUAUUUGUUUCUCAAUUCAGUCUUGAUUAUAUUUAUUGUGAUGCUGAUAGCAUUGCAAUUUUUUGAAGUGUGACCUUGCGUUGUGGAUUGUUAGGACAUGUCUGAAAUGACAUUGCGUGGCAGACUCUUUUUAUCCGCUUCUCUAAACGUUUUUAUACAUCCUCAGAAAAUAAAACUCCAAAACAAAUAAAAAAACCUAUGAGCCAUGUUCAGCACAACAUUACGGCUUGCGUAAUUCUUAUUGCUGGUCUGAAAUAGAGUGUAACAAUUUUCAUCCCUUUUACUGAACUUGACUACUUUACUGUGAAACUGGUUGAGUGAUGAAAGUUACCAACCUAACAGUUGUUACAUGAGACCACCAGAUUUUUACCCUAAGAAAGCACAUGGCCCCAAUAUCUAUGUUCUAACUUCUCUUUCGUGUCAUGGAGCCAUUUGACCAUGGCAUUAACUGCAGAAUUUACAAGACUCUCCCUGUUCCAUGUACUUUAGGUGAUGCACUGGCUAUGUAUGAGCAGAGCAGGCUGUUUCUGAAAACAAAGCUAGGCAGCAUUUCUGGGAAAUAAUCAGUGACUCUUUACACUUCUGCCUGAUUUAAACACAUCUGUUGUUUGUGACACAAAGAUCUGCUAGCUUGUUUUUAGCUACAGUUUCCUCCAAAAGUAUUGGAAUUCUUUUGUUUUUGGUAUACACUGAAGACAUUUGGGUUUGAGAUCAAAAGAUGGAUAUAUGAGACAAUAGAUCAGAAUUUCAGCUUUCAUUUACUAAUAUUUAGAUGUGUUAAUGUAUCUGGAUGUGUUAAACAACUUGGCAGAUCCUUUCUUUCUCCACACUUUGGCCUUUCCAUCACUUUGGUAGAGGUUAAUCUUGGUUCCAGAGCUUUUUUGGCUCAUCUUUGCAUUUCUUUGCGAAUUCCAUUCUGGUCUUCUGAUUCUUACUGCUGAUGAGUGGUUUGCAUCUUGUGGUAUGGCCUCUAUAUUUCUGAUCUCCACCCCAGUCUUUUUUCAGUGAUGGAUUGUGAUACCUUCACUCCUGCUCUGUGGAGGUUGUUGGUGAUGUCACUGACUGUUGUUUUUGGGUUUUUCUUCACAGCUCUCACAAUGUUUCUGUCAUCAACUGCUGUUGUUUUUCUUGGCUGACCUGUUCGAUGUCUGGUUGUUAGUACACCAGUGGUUUCUUUCUUUUUAAGGACAUUCCAAAUUGUUGUAUUGGCUAUGCGCAAUGCUUAUGCAAUAGCUCUGAUCGCUUUCCUCUUUUCUCAGCUUUAAAAUGUCUUGCUUUUCUCCCAUAGACAGCUCUCUGGUCUUCAUGUUGGUUUAUCCUUUUUAACAAUAAAUGCAGUAGUUACAGGCAAAACCCAGGGCUCAAACCAAGAGUAGACAUUCAGAGCUAUUAAUUGUUUAAUCAAUUAAUCUUACAGGGCACACUUGGGUAACAAGAAACAACUGUCAGUCACAUGUUCCAAUAUUUUUGAUCACUUCAACAAAACAAAAGGUACCAUGUUCUAAGCUGUUUUAAGCUGUUCAACACAUCUAGAUGUAAAUAUCAGGAAAUGAAAGCUGAAAGUCUGAUAUAUUAUCUCAUAUUCAUCUUUUGAUCUCAAACCCUUCAGUGUAUAGCAAAAACAAAAUAAUUGGCUGCUGUUUCAAAACUUUUGGAGGGGACUGUAUCUCUAAAUUGAGCUCCCUUGUAUUUACAAAUCACUGCCAAACAGACACAUCUGCAGAGUAAAAAAGUUUUAAUUGAUCCUGUCACUGCCAGGUUUACCGAACCCACUCUUGCAGACACAGCACAGUGUCUACACCAACCUGUCCUUGUAAAUUAUAUCUUUAAAUCACUAAAGGAAAUAGUUUAGAGUGCACUGCACUGGGAAACAGACAAAGGGCAUUUCUAUUUCCUCCACUUCCACAUGGUCAUGUCUGCUUAACCUUCAUUUAAAUUUCAUUAGUUUGUGUGCAUGUGUCAGUGGUGUUGAUUUAGCAUGUGGGACUCUGAUGUUACAUGAAACAGCCCUCUAAAUUUGUGGAUCAUCUUCUGAUGCUUGUGUAAGUCAGAGACUCUGUAGCACUUAGUGAAUGAGAAGCAUUAAGUUAAGAAAAUUCGGACAGAGCCUAACUAAAAUAUAGGCCCUAAAUGGCAAAAUACUGAAGUGGGCUAGUUACAUUUAGGGCAUUUUCCUGCUGAAACUGUGACAUAUGUGGUCAUAAUAUCUGUGAUAAUUAGCUGUCAACCCUUUAUUAUUGUUAAUGUGCAUAUACACCAUGGUAGUGAGAUGAAAAGGUGCCAUUGAUGCCUAAGCUGAAAGAUUGCUUGGGUUUGUUUUUUCUUUUGUAGCAGUUCCUAGUGUUGUGGGGCAGGAUGAUUUGAAAUGUAACAAAAUGAUGAGAAUACGUUUUCUUUAUAAGUUAAGGGGUAUUAUAGUUGUCAAUUAGCUUGAAUUGUUUUCUCCAACUGUCAUGUUUUCAAUCACGUCAUAUCUUUUGCCAAUUUGUACUUGUUCAGAAAACAAGGACAAGGAAAAAAAUGUCAUACCAAACCAAGCAUUUUUGUUUUUCAAAAUGCUAUUUAAGAAUAUUAAAUGAUUGUUUUGUUUAA